AUGGGCUCGCGGGACCUGGCGAAUGCCACCGGCGUGCAUUGCUGGGCCCGCACCGAGCGCAUCGUGGAGGACCUUCGCACUUGCCUGGAGCGCUACGAGUGCCGUGCAGGUGGCAACGUGUCUUGGCCCAAGUUCGACAGGCUGCAGGAGAAGGAGAAGGCCGGGAAGCUCAACAAGAACCCCACCGCGCACACGAGCUGCACCGAGUACUUCGACGAGGAGACGGAGGCCCUCGUCCGCAAGCACGACAGCCUGAUGUUCGGUUUCUUCGAGCCCGCGUUCUGGCAGCCGCAGAGGUGCUGCCACGCCUGA